UAUUGAUUAUAUUUGUAAUUAAUUCUAAUCCUAUGUACUUUAUGAUUGGUAGAUCUGAGGCAGACUUUAUUCAAAGUAUUUGUGAAGAUAUCAUUACAAGAUUGAACCGUAAGCCUUUACAUGUGGGUGACAACAUAGUUGGAAUGGACUUUCAUUUGGAGCAAUUAAAAUCACUUAUAAAAACUGAGUUGGAUGAGGUUCACAUGGUUGGAAUCUAUGGAACUGGUGGAAUCGGUAAAACUACCAUUUCUAUGGCUAUUUAUAAUGAUAUUUCAUCUCAAUUUGAUGGUAGUAGCUUUCUUGAAAAUGUUGGGGGGCAACGUGAAGAUGGUCUACUUAAAUUACAAAAGAGACUUCUUCAAGAUACCUUAAAGUGUAAUCACCAUAAUAAGCCAAAAUUCAACAGUAUUAGGGAAGGAAUCAAUGUGAUAAAGCAGAGGCUUCGAUCGAAAAGAGUCCUUAUUGUUCUCGAUGAUGUGGACAACUACAUGCAAUUAGAAAACUUGGCUGGAAAGUGUGGUUGGUAUGGUGCAAAAAGUAUAAUCAUCAUAACAACUAAAGAUAAACAUUUGUUAGCUCAACAUGGAGUAAAAACACUGUAUGAGGUGAACAAAUUGAAUGAUGAAAAAUCUGCCGAACUUUUAAUUGGUACGCCUUCAAGCAAAAUACUCCCAAAACUGGAUUUGAAAGCCUUUCAAAUAGUGUAGUGAAGUAUUCUCAGGGCCUUCCAAUAGCACUUAAAGUUUUGGGUGGCUUUCUCUAUAAUAAGUCAAUAGAUGAAUGGAAAUGUGAAUUGUAUAAACUAGAAUACCUCACAUGACAGUCCAAAGUGUGCUUAAAGUAAGUUAUGAUAAAUUGGAUCAUACAUGUCAAGAGAUAUUCUUGGAUAUUGCAUGUUUUUUUAGAAGAAAACACAAAGAUUUUGUUUCAAGAAUAUUAGGAAGUUAUGCAAUGAUGGGAAUAAAAGUUCUGAAUGAUAGAUGCCUUCUUACUAUUUCAGAAAACAAGUUAGAUAUGCAUGAUUUAGUACAACAAAUGGGUCAAGAAAUUGUUCGUCAAGAAUGUCUUAAAGAGCCUGGAAACAGGAGUAGACUCUGGGAUCCUGAUGAUGUUGUUCGUGUGUUAACAAGAAAUAUGGGGACUCAAGCAAUUGAAGGACUAGUUGUACAAAGUUCUCUAGCAAGCCAGAUAUCUACAAAUUCUUUCACAAAAAUGAAUAGACUUAGAUUGCUAAAAGUCUAUUAUUCAGGGUUUUUGCUUAGAGCUUUUGUGGAGAACCUCCCCCAGGACCUUGAUUUUCCUUGUUUUGACUUAAGAUAUUUCCAUUUUAAGGGAUACCCAUUAGAAUCCUUGCCAACAAAUUUUCAUGCAAAGAAUCUUGUUGAACUUAAUUUAAAGCAUAGCAACAUAAAACAGCUUUGGCAAGGGAAUGAGAUUCUUGACAACUUGAAAGUCAUCAACCUCAGUUACUCAACAAAUCUUGUUGAAAUUUCAGACUUUUCAAGGGUGACAAAUUUAGAGAUCCUAAUUCUAAAAGGGUGCGAGAGCCUUGAGAGUUUUCCUGCAAUCAAAGGAGAUAUGAGUAAGCUAAGAGAGAUUGAUUUGAGUUCUACAGGAAUAGAAGAGCUUCCAUCCUCAAUUAGACAUCUAAAGGCUCUUCAACACCUAGAUUUCUCUUAUUGCAAAAGCCUAAGAAGUCUUUCGGAGAGCAUUUGCAAUUUGAGCUCUCUUGAGACUCUCAUCUUGGAUGAAUGUUCAGAAACAUUUUACCACCAUGAUUUCAUAUAA